GCGUUUUUUUUUUUUUUUUUUUUUUUUUCGACAGUUGGACGAAUUGCUGAGAAGAUGCCGAGUGUGCGGAAGGGGAAGAAGAGUAAAUGCGUGUAGAAAUGUGAAGAGUAUUGGAACAUUUAUGAGUGUGUGCGUGUAGCGUUUGUGUUUAUCCACGUCAUGUCACGGAUGUGCUUCACAUCGGGAGAAUCGUCACGUUGAAACUCAGCAGGUUGCGGUAAAGAGAGAGAAAAAAAAAAACCCUGAAGUGACGCUAAAAAGACUUUUUUUUCUCGUGUUUCUGACAUGAUCGGGUUCGGCGCAAACCGGAGGGGAGGCCGCCUCCCGUCCUUCAUCCUCAUCUUCCUGAUGGCGCUCAUCGCCGUCCUCUCGUUCAACUACUGGACGGUGUCCAACAAGCACGGCCGCCUGCUGGACGAGCUGGCGGAGAUCCAGACGCAGAUGCAGCGCUCGGACGCGGCGCGGAGCCGCCUGGAGAAGCGGAACUCGGAGCUGAUGGUGCAGGUGGACACGCACAAGAAGCAGCUCGACCAGAGGGAUGGAGACUACAGCCAGCUGGAGGACAAGCUGAAGGCCCGAGAAGGCUUGGUGAAGAAGUGCUCAGAUGAAAAGGCAAAGUUACAGGGUGAUGUCAGAGCUCAAACAACAGAGAUACAGAGACUGAACGAACAAUUAAAGGAGCUGAAUCAAGAGUUUUUGAAGCAAGAAGAGCAGCUGAAAGAAGUGAAGAGGAAUAGCACUACCUUUGAGAAAAAACUGGAGUACGAGAGUUUACAGUGCGGACGUCAGAUCGCGCAGCUGAAACAGGACUUUGAGGAUGCAAAGAAAGCUUUAGAGGAAGAAGCYUCGAGGUUAAAAAAGUCCGUAAUCGAUGGUCAAAACGGUGUAGCAGCUGGAGGGCUCGCAGACGGAGCGCCUGGUGUGGAUAAAGCUAAAGAGCGCCACACAGUGGUCACUCACCGGCACGACGGGCAGUCAGAUCUAAAAGAAGAUAUGGGUAAACCUGGCAGUGAUGCUGGCAUGCCUGGCAUAGAAGACAGCGAGGUUGGAAAAAUGGACGAAGUGCAAUUUGCCUUAAAGAAACCUGCCAUAACUCAGAAGCAAGACGAGGCGCCUGAUGUGGUCGGACCUGCAGGUGCUGAGCCUGGACUCGGGGCCGCUGAUGGUCCUGGAGGCCAAGGCCUGUCCCUGGACCAACCGGGACUUCAGCAGGACCGACUGGAGGGUCGAGAAGCAAGGAUCGCACCCCCAGGUGUCAAACAGCUGGACAAACCGGUCGUGUUCGAAGAACAUAACAAAGCAGGCAUUAAGGCGGACGAGCUAGGAGAACAUCAAAGACAAAUACAAGUUCCCGAUAACGUCAAGYGUGACAGGGAACACCUGAAGAGGAUUCCUCUGCCCCAGGAUAACGCCCAGGUUCCCAAACCCAUCCAGCCUCACCGCGUCAAAGACCAAGUCCCUGCAGAGCAGCUCCACCACCGCCAAAGCCGGUUCUUUGAUGAGAACGAGUCCCCAGUAGAUCCGCAGCACGGCUCUAAGCUGGCGGACUACAAUGGGGACGACGGGAACGUGGGUGAGUAUGAGGCCGACAAGCAGGCCGAGCUUGCCUACAAUGAGGAAGAGGAUGGUGAUGGUGGGGAGGAAGACGUUCAAGGUGAGCCAGGUCCGAGGGGAUCUGUGGACUGCUUUGUCCAGUGUGCAUCCAUUCUCCCACCCUCCCCUACCCUCCUUUCCUCCACACUUGUCCUGCUCCUGCACCGCUUCAUUCAUCCUGAGUAGCUCACAGUAACCCUGAGUUUUGGUUUUGUGCAAAAAUAAAUCCAGAUGUUCAUGAAUUCUGAUGAAAUAUUCAAGGACUGCUGUGGAAGUGGUUCAGGAUGAGAACACCCACCUGUAGGGACAACUUGAUCCUUGAACUUGUGGUUCUGUGAGAGUAACCCAGUCGCCAUCUAGUAUUCUCUGUUGUGCCUGUGCUUCUUUUUAGCUAAACCACCUGUCUGUGCCCACCAAACAUCUGACCCACAUCUAGACCAGUGGAUAUAUAUUUAGCUCACUGUGCUCCUGAAUGUGUGUCUGUUCUCCUCGAAACAUUUGAAAUGCAUGUUUGUGUUUUUGUGACGGCUUCUUGCAGACGAUUUUUGACUUUAGAGUUUAUUUAUUUGAAUAUUACAUCUAGAAAAGGCCUAUUUUUGUUUUGCUCCAUUCAAGAAAACCUAAUUUCUCUCAUUCAGACUUGUCAUUUAUUGUGUUUGUCAUUAUUUGUCAAAACGUCCAUCAUUUACAAUUUAAUUAUCAUGUGUGUAAAAGUGUUAUUCAGAUAAUAAUCUGCAAAGUUAUUUAAAUUGAUUAUUGCACAUAAAUGUUCAAAAGGUUUAUUCUAACAGAUAUUUAUAUCCCUUGGAGGAAUUUGUUCAAUAACUUUAUUUUAUUUUAUUAUUUUUGUGAUGCAGUGUUUAAUUGCAGCUGUGCUCUGUUUAUUUACAUAUCUGUGUUUGCAUUUUUUUUUUAAAUCUCCCCAGAUGACGAUGAUCGUGACAUUCAAGGAGAUCGGGCUGUGGAUUAUGGGAAAAGACAUCAAGCCAACGACAUUCUUUGAGUGGGAUCUCCUGCAGCUAUAACUUAUUAAAACACUCGGGGACCUUCCUCUACAAUCAAGGUCGCUCCUGAGAAAACAGUUCGAACAUCACAGAGUUAAAGAACUUGUAGAUCCACAGCGUUGCGGACUAUUGUGAGACGUUGUAACUAAUUGUUUAGUUCAGAAUAAUACAACAUAAUACAAAGAAAAUAUUGCAUUUUCCUGAGCUGCUAUAGAUUUGCUGAUAGUUUUUUUUAAGUAAUGAUGGAGAUGAUGUACUGUAUGUUGACUAAGUUUGGUUCUGGUUAAAAGCUUCGGUUCAUUCUGGAGCAGUAGAAGAGCCCUUUCUCCUUCGAACUUUCUUUUUUAAUUCUACUUUUUUUUUUUUUGCUUGAUAUGAAGAAAUACUUCCUAUUUUAUAAAAAUGGGAAUACUGAAACUUAUGAAAGACACUAAUGGGACUUCCUGCCUUUUUAACGUGUUGAUGGGAUGGAUGGAAGACCUGUUUUUUUUUUCUUCUGGAGUCACAAAUUCAAUUGCCAAGGACUUUGCUUGUGGCCUAUUAAUUGUUUUGUGAGAAAGACUCGAAGAUGUUCCUCAUUCAGUUUUUAUACGCCGUUGCAUGCAUACAAACUUGUUUUUUUUUUUUUUUGGUAAUCAAACUGAGCAACAUACCAUUGCUUAAGCAAUACUUACAAUGGUGUUAGUAUCUCCCAGGAUGCGCUGAAAGAGGAACUGACAGAGCCACGCUUCCAUCAGGUCUCUUCAACUGUUGAACUGUUACCAUUUUUGGAUGGAGGAAACUUCAUUCCUCWCCUUUUGGGGAAAUCUGUGAUCCUGACACUGGUUGUUUGAGCAACCUGGAAAAAUGAUUUCUCAUGGAAAGGCAUAUUGAAUGUAAAUUAAUUUAAUUAAAGGUGAUGCUUCUGUCAUUUGUCA